AGUGUUGUUGGCAUAUAUAAUAGUGAAAAAUUCCCACAGAGAGAGAGAGAGAGAGGAGAUUGAGAGUAGCGAAGAUGGUUCUGUUAGAGAAGCUGUGGGAUGACGUGGUGGCAGGGCCGCAACCAGAUCGCGGGCUUGGGAAGCUGAGGAAGAUCACCACCUCCCAGCCCUUGAACAUCAAAGCCAUAACAUCUGAAACUGAUAACAAGUACCAGAGAUCCAUGUCUAUGCCCGCCACACCUACAACCCCGGGGACCCCAACAACACCGCUCUCUGCCACGCCGCGUAAACCUGACAACGUUUGGAGGAGCGUCUUCCAUCCUGGCAGCAACUCCGCCACUAAGACCAUCGGUUCUGAUUACUUUGACAAACCACUCCCCAAUUCUCCUACUGUCUAUGACUGGCUCUACAGUGGUGAGACAAGGAGCAAGCACCGCUAAGGAGUGGAUCAGCGUCUUCCGUGGUCAAGGUCUUGCAUGUGUAAAUAGCGUCCUUUGCUUUUAGUCUGCUUGUUUGGUCUGUGGUCUUAAUCUAUCUAGUUUUUUAUGCUGAUUAUGAUGAGUGCACUGUUAUGUCAUGUUUUAAGUGGUAUUUAACUUUACCUACUACUUAAUAAUCUCCUCCUCUGUUUUAGCCAGAUCUAGCCACCCUCAUCAUCAACUUGCUUAUGAGUUGAAAUAAUGUUUAUCGUUCUAUCUUAUGUUAAUAAACGUGUGUUUCCUUUUAAUUUA